CACUCGUGCGCGCUCCGCAGACAAACAAACCCCCCCAAUGACACGCCCACCGCUGCAGCACACAAACAAUUUACCAAGUACGUUGCGACACCCUCUACCCUUGUCGACGUCCACAAUGGGGAGAAUGAUGAGAGUUUGACACUUUCUUGGGGUAUAUGAGCGAGUGAGUCGUCUUGACGGGAGUGGGAUGGGUAACAAGAACGACGAGAAUAGUAAAAGGAUUGAUACCGAUACGAUGCCCAAAACUGCUGUUGCUAGAGAAAUGAGUAUUGAGAGGCAUUCGUCUAUGUCGCCGAUUACUGGGAACCCUUGGAGACUCGCUGCACCGCCGACGUCCUCCUCUUCGCCACGACCAUCGAUAAGACGUACGGGGUCUACACCGACAUCACGACCCCAAUCAUCCAGCUCGCAGGCAGCACAGACAGCUGGGUCUGCUGCGAGGCCGAUUACCUACAAGUUCAUCACAGCACCGACACAACCACCACCAACACCUCCCUCCUCCGCCACCUCCCUAACAGGCUUCGAUCUACCCUCCCAUGGCCACUCCACAUCCUUCACCUCCCGUACCCCCACCGCCGGCACCACUGAGCCGAAUCCACUCACAGAGCAGCAAGCACUCCUGAGCCUAUUAAAACCAACACGGCAAUCCCUCAACCUCGUCGCAGACGUCAGCACACAACUCGGAAUCCCACUCCCCUACAUCCUCCACCGUCUCGAAAUCCAGGGUCCGGGAUUGUACGAGGCGCGGGGGGAGAGUUGUACACAUUUCGUCGCGUUACCGCAGGGUGGAGGCGAGGUUGGUGGUGUGCUCGUCCCUCUGCAUGACUUAUACCUCGCGACCGCGAUCCCGUCUUUCUCCGCGCACCUCCGUCCAGUCGGGACAUACCCCGUCUCUACCACUUUCGCCUCCUUGCCGACACCAGCGACUCGGCCAGUCCUCGCACUCGAUGGCUUCCCACCCUCCUGGCGCGAACAAUUCGAGGUGUUGUUGAGGUGGGCAUACCAUAAAGACCCCGAAGGGUUGUAUGGGGAGUUGAGGGGGAGGGAGGAGGGGUGGAUGAGGGAGUUUGUGAUGUGUGCGGGAUGGUGUGGGGCCGGGGUUGAUGGGCGGUUGGAGGGGGUUGUUAGGUAUGUUAUGAAAUGGGAAUAAGUGGAGGCAUGGUAAGUAGGGUCGGGGUAGAGAUGAUACCCGUGAUGAAGAUAUACUUAGGAAGGCGUUUAGGGUGCUUAGUGAUACCUUCCAGUUCGUAGUUGUUAACAUAAUUCAAAAUACUCAAGAAAUAUUCACGCUCCC